GCAGCAACUGAGCCGGAUGCCGACCGACGGGCAUAUGCAGUGUGGGUGUCUGAGAUCAUGCUCCAGCAGACGCAGGUGGCUACGGUGAUCGACUACUACAACCGCUGGAUGCAGAAGUGGCCGACGCUGCAGGCUCUGGCGCAGGCGUCCCUGGAGGAGGUGAACGAGCUGUGGGCCGGACUUGGCUACUACUCGAGAGGGAAGCGUCUACAGGAGGCAGCGAGGAAGGUGGUGUCCGAGCUGGCUGGCCAGAUGCCCAGGACAGCUGAGGACCUGCAGAAGCUGCUGCCAGGAGUGGGCCGAUACACGGCCGGAGCCCUCGCGUCCAUCUCGUACGGGCAGGCUACCGGCGUCGUGGAUGGGAAAGUGAUCCGGGUCUUGUGCCGCCUGCGGGGCAUCGGUGCUGACUCCAGCAGCCCGGCCAUCAUUGACUGGCUCUGGGACAUGGCCAAUGCCCUGGUAGACAGGAGCCGCCCGGGGGAUUUUAACCAGGCCCUGAUGGAGCUGGGGGCAACUGUGUGUGUGCCCAAGGCCCCGCUGUGCGGGGAGUGCCCCGUGAAGCAGCACUGCCGAGCACGGCGCAGGGUGGAGAAGGAGCUGGCCUUCGCCUCUCAGAAACUGUUUGGAAAACCCACGCCAGUGCCUGAUGUUGAGGACUGUGGUGUUGGGGGCUGUCCCCUAUGCCCCCCGGCCGCGGAGCCAUGGGACAGUAGCCUGGGGGUGACCAACUUCCCCCGGAAAGCAGCAAAGAAGCAACCACGGGUGAUGCGAACGGCCACAUGUGUGCUGGAGCGGAGGGGCUGCCGUGGGGCCCCAGAGUACCUCAUCGUGCAGAGACCCAGCUCGGGUCUCCUGGCUGGGCUCUGGGAGUUCCCAAGUCUCCCACUGGCUCAGGGUCUGCAGGAGGAGAAGCAGAGGGAGGUGCUGGCAGAUCACCUCCAGGCCUGGAUGGCGCAGCCUGUGGUGGCCAGAGGCCUGCGGUACAUCGGAGAGGUCGUCCACAUCUUUUCUCACAUCCACCAGACGUAUGUGGUCUACUCCCUGCCCCUGGACGGGGACGUGACCCUGGACCCUGCCUCAUCCCCAUCGCGCUGGGUGACGGAGGAGGAGUUCCAUGCCUCGGCUGUGUCCACGGCCAUGAAGAAGGUGCUGAAAGCAUGUGAGAAGCAGCGUGGGAAGGAGAGCGGCCGUGGCAAGGGCUUCAAGCGGAAGCGGGAGGUAAAAACGCAGGGAGGGGGUAGCACCUGCCCUGGGACGCAGCUCUCCCUCCGUGCCUUCCUCCGGGCACCGACUGCCCCGUGA